AUGUUUAGCGAGAGUCCGGAGUAUAUCAAGAGGCGGGGCACGCCUUUCUCACCGCCCACCGUAAGCAGCCCCUGCGCACGCACCAACUGGUCGCUGACUCCGAGAGGGAAGAUAACAUGGAAGGAACUGCGCGCGGUGAUUCCCUCCGAGCUUUUCCGCAAGUCGACGUUCCGCGGGAUGACCAGCGUCGUCCAGGACGUCGUUUGCUUCGUCACUCUUUUCGCCCUCAGCCGACGGAUCGACGCGUUCGCAGCCCAGGUCGCCGUAGCGCGCGAGCUGACGCCGGGCAUCGCCUCGGUACUGAAAUGGUCGCUGUGGUCCGCUUACUGGGGCGCACAAAGCAUUGUCAUGGCCGGUUGCUGGUGUCUGGGACACGAGGCCGGCCAUCACAAUAUCUCCCCGUACGGCAUCGUCAACGACACCGUUGGAUUCAUUUUGCACACCGCGCUCUUGACCCCGUACUUUGCCUGGAAGCAGUCCCACCAUGCGCAUCACAAAGGUGUGGGCUCGGUCGAACGUGACGACAUCUACGUGCCCCGGACAAAAUCCCAACUUGGAAUCACGACGAUGGAGCAGCUGCAUGAGAUGUUCGAGGAGACACCCCUUUACACGCUCGUCCGCAUGCUUGUCAUGCAACUACUGGGCUACCAGGCGUAUCUGCUGUUCAACGCUCUCGGGUCGCCCCAAGACCCACCUGGCACCAACGCGAGUCAUGAAUGGCUGUUGCUCGUUCCCGAAGAUUUCUGGAACAUCGUGCUCUCGGACGCUGGAAUCGUGGUCGUUUUAUCGAUUGUCAUGAAGUACGGCAUUCAGGUCGGUGCUGCGAGCCUAUUCAAACAGUUGAUCAUCCCGUAUCUGCUUUGCCACCACUGGGUUGUUAUGAUGACAUACCUGCAGCACUCUGACCCGACGCUGCCCCACUACCGCAGGGGGCAAUGGACCUUCCUGCGUGGAUCGCUCGCCACCGUCGAUCGACCGUUGCUUGGCUUUAUCGGGCGAAUGUGUCUGCAUAAUGUCUCGCACGACCACGUUGGCCACCAUCUUUUUAGUUCCAUUCCUUACUACAACCAACCUGAGGUGACCAAGCGCAUCAAGGCUGUGCUCGGGGAGCACUACAACGAGGAUAGCACGAACACGUUCUACGCGCUGUACCGCUCUUUCACAAACUGCUGCUACAUCGAGGAGGACGGCGAUGUCGUGAUGUACAGCAACGGAAAGGGCGAGGCCACGCGCGGGAUUGUCCAGGAUUUGGGAAAUCCCCGCGAGAACGACGCAAUCCCGGAUAUGCUCAACUCGCUGCACGCCGCUAGUUGAAUUCUGAGCCGCAGCGUUGAACGCAUGGCUCCGUUGGAGAAAGAUCGAGGGCACGAGGAAGGUGGUUGGAGGAGAUGUUUGCGAUAACACCGAGUGCGCGUUGACUUAUUUUCGGGCGAACAGAUGCCCCUGGCGGGACAUUUAGCUAGCUUAUGUAGCAGGUACAGCUCCAGAUGGAAAACUCGAUCACUUGCGAA